UUAGAUACAUAGAGAUUGCGUUCUGCAUAGAUAUGUAAUCUUCAACCACUUCAAAGAGUUGGAGAAUAUAGCAUUUAAAUAACUUGGGGUUCUGUUGGCAUGAGACACGACUGUUCCUGACAGCACUGAUCUAUUCCUGAGAGAAUGUUGAGCACCAAAGACACUCCACUCGGAGUUUGUUUUCUUCUUGGCAAAACUAGUCUUUGGGCAAGGAACCAGAACCAGAAGCACACAUAACCAUUAGAGCCCUACUUGCUAGUAACCUAGUUUCCCUAUGAACCAUUUACUAAAGCCCAAAACCUCCCAAAACAGUGCCACCAGCUAAUGAGCAAAAAGGUUCAGAGCAUUAUGAAGUACAUUUCAUAUUUGAACCAUAACGUGCAUGACCCUAAUUUUCCCCUUCUGUUUUUGUCCUGCCACUACCAAAACGUCAAAUGCUUCUUUAUUCCUUUGUUUACAUUUUCACCUUCAGAAGUAAUGCUUUUCAUGAUUGUCACCUUGGGUCCUGCACAUUUUUCCUACAACUAUCAGGGUUUUUUUUUAUAUAGUAGAUCAGUUUUUCGGUACUUCUCAUGUACAUAGAUGGCAAGGCACUGGGCAUCUUUCUUAAUGAUGAACCUUAAGUUCAUUUACCCACUCUACUCUGGCUUUUCAGACCCCUCUUGUACUCCUGAACUGUUCAUGGAAAGAUACUAAAAGACAACUGAGCUGGAGGUUUGGGGGUUUUUUGUUUUUGUUUUUUUGAUUUUUUUUUUGCUUGUUAGUUUGGUGUUUAUAGGUAAUUAGAACAUUCUGUAGUAAUCUCUAAUUUGUUUUAUACAUUAUACUGAAAGUGUUGGUUAUGAGUGGUACUGUAUGCUUUGAUGAGCAGUAAAGUUUAUUGGUAUGUUUAUGAAGAGAUUUGAGGGAUCUUUGAUAAGUUGUGUUUUUUUUCCAAAUGUUGAAGAUUCAGCCCAAUGCUUUGGACAUGCUAGACUAGUGCUCUGCUACAGAUCUACUUCUUAAGUCCCUAUAUGGAAAGAUUUGGGUUUAUACAAACGUAUUUAUUCUAGACAACUUGAAAGCUCUUUAUUUUUAAUUUUAAUAAGCUAAGAUAUAAUUUACAUACAACAAAAUAGAUCCUUUUAGUGUAUAGUUCUGUUAACCCAUAGCUAUAUAACCACCACCACAAUGGAGGCAAGAGUUCUGUUACUCCCUUUGUAGUCAGCCUCUGCUGCACCUGGUCCUCUAACCACUGGUAUAUUUUAUGUCUCUGCAUUUUUUAACAUUCACAUUAGUUAUGUAAGUGGAAUCAUACAACAGAUAGCUACUUGAGCCUGGCUUCUUUCAUUUAUAUCAGUACAUUUGCUAUCUGUAUUAUCACCUAUAUCAUUAAUUCCUUUAUUUUUAUUGUUGACAUUAUGUGGAUUCAAGUUUGUUCAUUUGCUGACUGAAAAGUGCUUAGGUUGUUUCAUGUUUGGAUGAUUAAAAAAUAAAUGUUCAUUUAUAAGCUUUUGGAGGCUUUGUGGCUUUCAUUUCACUGGGGUGAAAUACCUAGGAACAUUAUUGCUGGGUUGUUUAAUAGUUUAUUAUUAAUUUCAUGGACAGUUGAAAAACUGUUCCCAAAGGCCUGUACUGUUUCUACCUUCAUGUCUGUGACAACAGAGAUCUAGUGGCUCCAUAUCUACACUACUUGAUUGUGAAGUCUCCUAUUCUAAUAGAUAUGUGAUGGAAUAUCAUUCAUUGUGGUUUUAAUUUGCAUUUCCCUGAUGACUAAUGAUGUUGGAAACCUUUUAUGUAUUUAUUUGCCAUUUAUAUGUCUUGUUUGGUAAAAUAUUUCACUUCUGUUUUAAUACUUGCUUUUAUAUUUGCAGAUUGUUCUUAUAUCUUAUUUGAGUUGUAUACUUUCCAAUUGUCUAAUGGUACUUUUCAGGUUAUCAGAUAUCUGAUCUGCAAUAUUUACUUCUAUUCUGUGACCUGUCUUUUCAUUAUCUUUAAGAGAACUAGUAACAUUUGAGGAUGUAGCUGUGGAUUUCACCCAGGAGGAGUGGCAAUACCUGAACCAUCCACAGAGGACCCUAUACAGAGAUGUGAUGCUUGAGACCUACAGCAACCUUGUCUCUGUGGGAUCUGAAGACCAAGGAGGUAUAUAUCAUUUAUCAACCUCAGAACAGCAGGUUACUAAACCAGAUCUCAUUAUUAAGCUGGAAGUAGAAGAACCAGAGCCAGAAGACAGGAAAAUUUCUGUUUGGAGCUUUCCAGAAGUCUGCCAAGUUAAUGAACCAUUUGAGAGACAAUAUCUGGAUCAACAAAAUAAUUAUUUGUUGAUGCAAGUUGGGUUUCCUGAUGAUAAAAUAGAUACCAAGAGUUGCCAGAACUAUACUGAAUUUGGAAACACAUUUCAUCUGAACACAAACCUUGGUGUUGCAAUGCAAAAAUCCCCUGAAUUGGAAUCAUUUGGAAAUAAUAUCAUGGACCAUUUAAGCCUACUUGGUAGAAGCUCUACAGAAAAUAAACAUGAUACUGGAUGUGCAAAAUUAUUCUUCCAUACAGAAUAUGAAAAACCUAAUUUCAUAGUGAAACCCUAUGGAUAUGAAGAAUAUGAGAAAACCCUCAGGCAAAAGAAAGGUCUUAGCCUUCAUCAGAGAAUUAAAAAUGGAGAGAAGCCUUUUGAGUGUACUACAUGUCAGAAAACCUUCAGCAAAAAGUCACACCUCAUUGUACAUUGGAGAACUCAUACAGGAGAGAAACCAUUUGAAUGUACCGAAUGUGGGAAAGCUUUUAGCCAAAAGUCUCAGCUCAUUAUACACCUCAGAACUCAUACAGGAGAAAGACCCUUUGCAUGUCCAGAAUGUGGCAAAGCCUUCAGAGAAAAGUCAACUGUCAUCAUACAUUAUAGAACUCAUACAGGAGAGAAACCUUAUGAAUGUAAUGAGUGUGGGAAAGCCUUCACUCAGAAGUCAAACCUCAUUGUCCAUCAAAAAACCCACACAGGAGAGAAAACCUAUGAAUGUACCAAGUGUGGGGAAUCUUUCAUACAGAAACUUGACCUAAUAAUACACCAUAGCACUCACACAGGAAAGAAGCCUCAUGAAUGUAAUGAGUGUAAGAAAACAUUCAGUGAUAAGUCAGCCCUCAUUAUACAUCAAAGAACACACACUGGAGAGAAACCUCAUAAAUGUACUGAAUGUGGGAAGUCUUUCAAUGAAAAGUCAACCCUUAUUGUGCACCAAAGAACUCACACUGGUGAGAAGCCCUACAAAUGUGAUGUGUGUGGGAAAACUUUCACCCAAAAGUCAAAUCUAGGUGUGCAUCAAAGAACUCAUUCAGGAGAGAAACCAUUUGAAUGUAAUGAAUGUGAGAAAGCCUUCUCUCAGAAAUCCUAUCUCAUGCUACAUCAGCGAGGUCACACUGGAGAGAAACCCUAUGAAUGCAAUGAAUGUGAAAAGGCAUUUUCUCAGAAGUCCUAUCUCAUUAUACAUCAAAGAACUCAUACUGAAGAAAAACCCUAUAAAUGUAAUGAAUGUGGGAAAGCAUUCCGAGAAAAAUCAAAGCUCAUUAUCCAUCAGAGGAUCCACACAGGAGAGAAACCCUAUGAAUGCCUUGUGUGCUGGAAAGCUUUUAGCCAGAAGUCACAGCUCAUCAUCCAUCAGAGAACACAUACAGGAGAAAAGCCCUAUGAAUGCACAGAAUGUGGCAAAGCAUUCAGGGAAAAAUCCACAUUCACUGUACAUCAAAGAACUCACACUGGAGAGAAGCCUUAUAAGUGUGCAGAAUGUGAGAAAGCCUUUACCCAGAAAUCCAACCUUAUUGUACAUCAGAGAACCCAUACAGGAAAGGAACCCCAUGGAAGAGGCCUCACUCACAAGUCAAAACUCAAUAUGCAAUAUGGAACAAAGCAAUAGUGUCUAUCAUAUGCCCCAAAGGAAAGAUGUGUUAAUUUAAUAUUUAAAUGGUACCUGAAUUCUACUCUAAUCAUUAGGAUAAAUUCAGCAUUUCUUUUCAUCUGUUUUCACCCUAAUGCACAUGGAAAAAGAAGCAGAUGUGUAAUUUCUUUGGAAACCACUGUAACCAUAGGGCUGUUAGAAUGAAAGGCAAUAAGACACCAGUGCAAGAGAUUUCAGAGCUUCAGAAGUGAGUCAGCAUAGUUAAGAACUCUCCUCUGAGAAUUAAAAUACACUCUAAGGUGAAUGACCAGAGACAGCUGUGACAAAGACCACAGGAGGGCUGGGGAGAAACGGGGAGACAGAGUUUAUAUUUACAGAAAGUAAUCUAACAGAUUUGAAGGACAGCUGAAGAUGGGGAAGGAAAAUAACGGGAUAUAGUUGGUCUUGUUUGGUGAUUUAAGGAAAGUAAAGUCUGAAAGAAGUAACAUAAGGUAAGGGGUAUCUCAGUUGUUUAGAAAACUGCUCUGUGUAGAGUGUGACCCUGGCAUAUUCCACCUUAAGAACCUCUGGCAAACAGCAAGUCCAACUGUUCUCAUUCAAAGAAAAGCAUUUAAAAGCAAUCAAAUUUACAAAUGCAUUUCCAUUUCUAGGGAUACAUUUUACUCACGUGUAUAAAAUGAUCAAAACACAGAUGUUAUUUGUUGAUGUGUUGUUUGAAAACAAAAUAUUAGAAGCUGUCAAAAUGGCAUUUUUGCUUCCUGAAACUGACAUAUUCAUACCACAAACUCAAGAGGAAAAAAGAACAUAGAUAUUAUUUCUGCAGAAAUUUGGGGUAGUCACCAAGUUACAUCAUUAGAUAGGAAAAGCAGGGUGCAGUGAGUAUGAUGUUCUACCGUUUGUAUAUAAAAAUGAGAAAAUGGUAAGUACAUAACUGAUUUAUGUGUAAGCUGUUUCUGGAAAGGAAUAUGAAAAUCUGAUUACCAUUAUUAUCUUAUUGAAGGGAAUGAGGCAGUAGGUGACUAGGGAGAUGAAACAUGGAGACACCUGUGUAUUCUCUCAUAGCUUUAGAAAGUUGUACAGUGAGGAUAUACUACCUUUUUGAAAAAUAAAUCUUGAAAACUGUA